UGUGUAGGUUGUAGGUGCAAUCAGAAUUUGCAUCUCGUAUAAAAUGAUCAACUUUUGCCACCGAUCGAUUCAGUAACGAACGUUUGCUUGCAUCCAAAAGUAAGAUUUCCGCAUCCUAGAAAACCGUGCAGUAUGAACAAAUUUGUGAUCCUUACCCUGUGCGUUGUUCUGGCCGUUGGUUUCGCUAAACCGUCCGGCGGAUACGGUGGCGGUGGCGGCGGCGGUGGUGGUGGAUAUGGAGGCGGUCAUGGUGGUGGAAACCAAGGCGGAGGUGGUGGUGGAAAAUAUGGCGGAUCCGGUGGUCACAUCAGCAGCGGGGGAGCGCACGGAGGGGGAACCGCAUCCGAACUAGCUCUGGCUACUCCCGUGGGAGGUCACAUUGGAAGCCAACAGCACGGAUCCAGCAGCGGCACAAUUCACAAGCAACCUCUGCUCGGACAGGGCGGACACGGACAGCUGGGCUACGGACAGGGUCAAGGUCAGGGCCAGGGACAUGGUCAUGGUGGUCAUGGUCAUGGAGGCCAUGGGGGUGGUGGUGGUGGUGGUCAAGGACACAUUCACAACCAGGGCCAGGGAGGUUAUAAGAAACACGGAUAUUAAUAUUAUGAUUUGAAACAUUAAUAAACAUAAAAAAUCGA